AAUUUUCAAACUCGUUAACUUUUUAAACCGAGUUGAACAAUUCUCGGCUCCUUGACUUGUUUAUGGGCCCAAGUUUUUGUAGAGCAAACUACGCCGUUUCUGAUUGAGGCAACUAUUCAGCCGUGUCAAUGGACUCCCAUUCUUCAGAGAACACACAACAGUACUCGCUGAUUACGGUGUUCUCACUUCUCACAGGGACACAUGAGACGUCUUUCUUCUUUGGCUUCUAGGGCUUCACCUGCAAUCAGAAACCUCUCAGAAGAAGUGAGCAAUCAAAGCAAACCCAAUAGAAAAAACCCACCAAAUUCCAAAUCUGUCACACCUUUUGACCAAAACCACACCACCAAUAACUCUGUCGCCCCUUUCAGAGGUAAGUCUUCAUUGAGAUUGUCUCCUGUUCCAAGCACUACUCUUUCAGUUGAUAACAAACGUAAGGAUCACUUAGAACCAGCUGAUCACCACUACAUUUCACAGAUUCUGUCAAGAAAAGACUGGUCUUUAUUGCUAAGCCACGAGUUUAAGGCGAAAAGGAUUAGUUUGGAUACCCGGUCAAUUGUGAGUAUUUUGCAAAAUCAAGAAAACCCAUUACCCCCUUUGAGAUUUUAUAUCUGGGUUUCGAAUAUUGAUCCGAUUUUCACUGAGGACCAGUCGAUUCGCGGUGUCUUGGCUAAUACCCUUUAUAGGAAAGGUCCAGUUUUGCUGUCUGCUGAGUUGAUUCAAGACAUUAGGAACUCUGGGUGUAAGGUUACACAAGAUUUGCUUUGUGUUUUGAUUGGUAGUUGGGGAAGAUUAGGGCUUGCAAAAUAUUGUGCUGAGGUUUUUGGGCAGAUUUCCUACUUGGGUCUUAAUCCAAGCACUAGAUUGUACAAUGCUGUCAUCAACGCGUUGGUGAAGUCCAAUUCUAUUGAUUUGGCUUAUUUGAAAUUCCAACAGAUGCCUUCUGAUAAUUGCACUCCUGAUAGGUAUACGUAUAAUAUAUUGAUUCAUGGAGUUUGCAAGGUUGGGGUAGUGGAUGAGGCAAUGCGCUUGAUGAAACAGAUGGAGAGUUUAGGUUACGUGCCUAAUGUAUUUACCUACACCAUGCUCGUUGAUGGAUUCUGUAACGCGAAAAAAGUUGACAAAGCCUUUAAGGUUUUUGAGAAAAUGAAGGAGAGGAAUGUGCAUCCAAAUGAAGCCACAUACAGAUCUUUAGUCAAUGGGGUGUUUCGUUGUGUGUCACCACGCAAAGCAUUUCAAUUGUUGUCUCGGUUUGUGGAGAGGGAGCCCAUCUUGCCUAAAGCAGCUUGUGAUAGUAUUCUGCAGUGUCUUUGUAGCAAUUCUUUGCCAAAUGAAGUAGCCGAAUUUUUUAGGACAACUAAGGAGAAAGGUUAUUUACCCGACAGUUCAACUUUUAACAUCUCAAUGACUUGUCUGAUUAAGGGGUUGGACCUUGACGAGGCAUGUGAUAUACUGGAUAGUUUUACUGAGAGAGGUCUGAAGCUGGACUUCAAUGCAUACAUUGUGCUUGUUGAGGGUUUAUACAAGGUUGGAAGAGUAGCGGAAGGGAAUUGGUAUUUAGAUCAGAUGGUAAGGGAUGGACUAGUAGCAAAUGUCUUCUCAUAUAAUAUCAUAAUCGAUUGCUUCUGUAAAGCUAAAAUGAUGGAUAGAGCUUUAGAAUCUUUUGGACAGAUGCGUCAAAGGGGUAUUUUUCCUAACCUUGUUACUUUCAACACCCUUAUUUGUGGGUAUUGUAAGGGUGGAGAAAUGUGUAAGGCACGAGAGCUAUUGGAGAUGCUCUUCAAGCAUGGCUUCAAGCCUGAUAUUUUCACUUUCAGCUCACUAAUUGAUGGCCUUUGUCGGGUUCGCCAGAUUGUGGAUGCAUUCGAUUGUUUCUCAGAAAUGGAAGACUGGGGAGUCAGUCCAAAUGCUAUUACGUUCAACAUCUUAAUCCGUUCUUUGUGUAUUAUUGGGGAUGUUGCUAAAGCGAGGAAACUUUUGAAAAAGAUGCAAGCUGAUGGAACAAGUCCGGAUGUUGUCUCUUUUAAUGCUCUCAUCCAAAGUUUUUGUAAAAUGAACAAGGUUGAGAAAGCACUCAAGUUUCUUGUUACCAUGCUGACAUUAGAUUUGAUUCCUGACAAUUUUACGUAUACUGCUUUUAUAAAGGCUUUGUGUGAACUAGGGAGAUUCGAUGAAGCUAAAAACUUGUUUUUCUCAAUGGAGGCAAAUGGAUGUGUUCCAGACGCUUAUACAUGUAACACAUUUAUUGAUGCUUUAGUCCAGUCAGCUCGCUUUGAGGAGGCCUGGGACGUAGUGAGGAAAUAUGAAAAGAAGGGAAUUUCAAUAAAAUCCAUCCCUAUUUUGUAGUAUAAGGCUUCUGUAUGCUUGUUAAGAGCUGUUACUGAUUUAUGAGUGUAGCUGCUUCGUGGAGCCUUUGGCUUUCCCCGAUUUUUUUCCUGCUGUAUUGCAGAAUGAAGCACCCCUUUGGUAUGUGAUAGGAACUCCUUUGCUGUCCCUGGCUCCCUGGCAAUUUCUUUUGUAACUGUUGAAAUAUGCUUGUUGAAUGAUCGGCUUCUAUGAUCUAUCUGCUGUUCAAAGAUAAUUUUCAUUUCAUGUGGCAAAACUUUAUGUCGGAUUGUCGUCUCUUUUGAAUUAAUUGCUAGAUGGCUCAUUCUUGUCCGCAAGAACAGUAUAAUGGUUAUAUUUGAAUUUU